AUGUUUUAUGAUGGUAUUUAUGAGUUUGUAUAUAAAAUUGUACUUGGAAUUGGUAUUAUUACUAUUUUGGUUGCAAUUGUCAUAAUUUCUGUCUCAUUUCAAAAAUUUCAGGGAAUUUAUGUAUUUAUUCUUGGUCUUACUUACUUAGAUUGUUUGUUAUCAUUUAGUCUUAUAUAUACAGGAUUUUAUGGUUUGUUGGUAGCAACAUAUAAUAAUAGUGGUGAUUUACUGUUACCGGAAGAAUGUCUUUAUACAGCAUUAUUUUUAUUAAUUUGGAUAAUAUAUGAUAUAGGAACAUUUUUAAUUCUAUUUUUUCAAUCAAUUGAUCGUUUAGUUCAUUCAAUUACAUCUAUUUGGCAUGAAAAAUAUCAAAAUUAUAUUAUGACUAAGUGGUCAUUUAUUUUUUGUUUAUUUUUAUCAAUAUUACCUUUAAUUCCUUUAAUUCAAUAUCCAAUAGAAAUAAGCGCAAACAAUUCUUUUACUAUUUCAAUAAAUUGUCAUGAAAAAGAUGUAUUUGGUAAGAAAUAUUUUGACAUUUUAUCUGGUUUUCGUUUUUAUGGUCCAAUAUUAAAUCUUUUAGUAAUAUUUUUUGUACUAAUUAUUCAUAUUGUAAGAAUGAAUAUAAAAGAACUAAAUUUUGCCAAUACAGCUUUUGAUAAAGAUACAAAUUUGAUAACUUUAAUGAUAACACUUAGAACUUUAUUUCAAAUUAUGAUAUAUGGAAUAUUUACCUUAAUUAUACCAUCUUCUUUAAUGAAUGAUUAUUUUUUUAGAUGUACACAAUGUUUUGUUUUCAUUAUAUUUCAUUUUUUUUAUAAUUAUUUUUGGUUAGAAAAAUAUAAAAAAGCUUUUACUAAAACAUUUCAAAAAUAUAUCAAGGAUAAUACAAGAACAUGGCAAAGUGCAGAUGAUCCACCAAUUAAUUUUAUGAACAAAAGCCGCAAUAGUUUUUCUUCAAUGUUUGGAAGUUGGUAUUCAACAACUGGAAAUAUUAUUGGUGAAGCUGGUGUACCAAAGGUUGAUGAAUAUCACAAAAAUAUUAGUAUAUCAUUUUAUUGUGAAGAGGAUGUAGUUGUUUUUGAGGAUAAAAAAGAUUUAGGGUAUGAAAGAUUUUGA